AUGCGACUUUUCAAUCUGGCUGGAAUCGUGUUGGCUGUUGCUACGACAGGCGCGCUCGUCUACCUCGCCAUCACCCGCGUUGCCAUUUUUGGCCGUGCUGGAGCUCGUACCGCACACCGUCUCACCCACAUCGAGGUCAGGGUGGGGUUCCAGCCCAAGCUAAAGGUCCUUAUCAGCUUCUACCAGAUCGCUGGUACGCUCGGCCCCGUCUACGGCGUCCGCUUGCACGAGGACUUUACGCGCUGGAUGGACAUUAUGGACGCGAUCAGCUUCGACUUCCUUGGCCUCACCUAUCCGGACGCGUGCAUCGGCUCGAUGCGUGCACGGCUCCUGAUCAGCGCUUUGUGGCCGUGUGCGGUCUUCCUGUUAGUUGCUGCCUCAAUCGCCUGCCAUGCCUUCGCGCAGUGGCUCCUCUCUGACAAACUCCGGCGCGACCUUGUGCGCGCGACGCAAAGCCGCCUGAUUUACUGGGCCAUCCUCGUCGCCUACCUGGCGAUGGACAGGCGCAUCGUCAUCGCGCCGGUCGCCGAGCAGGAGCCCAGCCGUGGCGGCGUCCCGUUCCGCAACUUCUUCCAACAGACGCCUCAGGUGCUGCAGCAACCGCCAUACAAGCUCUUUGACACGCUGGCAGUGCCGCUCUACUCGUCGCAGGAGCACCGCAAGGUGAGCCUGCGCCACGUACUCCGCGGUAUGGGCGCCGAGCCGUGCGAUGCGGGAUUGUUUCAACAGCACUGGCAGCGCCUCUGCCGCCGCAUGGCGGCGUUCCAGAGCGGCAGGGGAAUGUGCUCCCGGUGCUGCUUGACGCAAACGCACAGGCGCAGGAUCAACCCCUCCACGGCCGAUCGGUCCGAGGUGUGCGACACUGCUGUGCGAAUGGCGUCGCUGUCAGAGCCUGCGGCUGCCUCGCCGCAAACGCACUCGCUGACGGAGACCGAGCCUGCUGCGCCAAGACAGCCGGGUGUCCUGAAACGAUCUGCGAGCUAUCACGAGGGGCUAGUGGUCGAUCGAGAAGAGGGAGACGAGGAAGCAGGCCGGGUGGUGGAGAGCCUCAAUCUGCGCCGCGAGGAUGGUGGUGCGACAGGCCAGCAAUAA